CCAGAGGAGCAAGGGGAGAGAGGGGGGAAAGAGAAAGGCUCUCCACCAUGCAGGAUGAAAUUCUUUUGACUCCCUGGAGGGAUCUUCCUCUCGAAGACACAGACACGUUUGAUGUCCCGGAUGAAGAGAAGUGGGAUUAUGUCCUGGUGAGUGACAUCCAUGAGAUGGGCAGUGAGAAGGAGAUCAAGAGGAAGAAGUUCCUGGACGAGCUGAGCAAGAAGGGGUUCGCCAUCAAGAAAAUUGAGGACAAGAAGCUCUUCUAUGGGGUCCGUGCCCCAGAACACAUCUUCCGGAAAUACCAGUGGCUGCUGAGGAACCCUGACAGCAGACUGCAGAGCCAGGACAUGGAUGGUGACAUCCCUGUGACCACCAGGAUCCGGAUCGUGUACUUCAUCCUGCACAACACGCCGACGCCCGACCUCGAGAAGCUGCGAGAUCUGGUGAAGAAGAAAGUCUUUGAGGUGGCGUUUCCCCUGCACGAGGUGAGGCCGAGCACACGGUGCCGGGGAGGAAAAGCCACGGGGGGUGCAGGAACAAGGCUUUGGGGAACUGGGGCACGACAAAGCCCCCAACAGCAGCCUGGGAGCUGGGCUGGGAAUUAAGGCUGCCCAAUAUUCCUGUAUCCAACCAACUUCUCUGCUGUCCAGCAAGAAGAGCUAAGGGAAAUGCUGAAGGAGAAAUGGGCUCACUGGAGAGAUAUAUUUUGCCAACAGCCGAUCGGGAAGAUCAGGUGCUAUUUUGGCGAGAAGGUGGCCCUGUACUUUGCCUGGCUGGGCUGGUACACCUACCUGCUGGGCUUCGCUGCAGUGGGCGGGCUGCUGGUCUUUGUGGCUGGGAUUACGGUUUUCAGCUCCAGCCAGAUGAGCAAGGAGAUCUGUGAGGCCAAUAACACCAUCAUGUGCCCACUCUGUGACCAGAAGUGCCCGUUCUGGCUCCUCUCCGACACCUGCACCUACGCCAAGGUCACUCACAUGAUUGACAACGAGGGGACGGUUUUGUUUGCCAUAUUCAUGGCAAUCUGGGCCACUGUGUUCCUGGAGCUGUGGAAGAGGAAGAGAGCCACUGUGGUCACCAACUGGGACCUGUACGGCUGGGAUGAGGAUGAGGAGGAGCUGGCUCUGCAGCUGAUCAACAACCUGCAGCACGAACCCCGGCGGUACCAGCACUCUUACUGGCACAGCACCAUCGUACUCCUCCUGGUUCUGCUGAUGAUCGCCGUGCUGAUCGGCAUCGCCCACGCGCUCGUCAUCUACCGCGUGAUAGUGACGGCCCUCUUCACCCAGAGCAGCCUGGAGCUGCUGCGCGAGCACGCCAACACCGUGGCCGUCAUGACGGGGGCUGUGCUGCACUACAUCACCAUUCUCGUCAUGACCAAGAUCAACAGGCGUGUGGCCCUCUACCUCUGUGACCUGGAGAAUCCACGGACCAUUUCCCAGCGUGAGAACAACUUCACCAUGAAGAUCUUCACCUUCCAGUUCUUCACACACUUCUCUUCGCUCAUCUACAUCGCCUUCUUCCUGGGACGGAUCAACGGCCACCCGGGGAACUACGUGCGCGUUGCUGGCAAGUGGAGGCUGGAGGAGUGCCACCCCAGCGGCUGCAUCACCGACCUCUUCAUCCAGAUGGCCAUCAUCAUGCUGCUCAAGCAGACCAUCAGCAACGUGAUCGAGUACCUCAACCCCUGGAUAGGCUACAAGCUACGCAAGAAGAAGCAGCAGCCCAAGAAGAAAAGCAUCAUAUUAGGUGAGGAGGAGGAGGCCGAGGACCCCUGCAAAAGCCAGUGGCUGAGCAACUAUCAACUCAAGGAGGUCGAAAUCUUCACCUUGUUUGACGAGUUCUUGGAGAUGGUGAUCCAGUACAGUUUCACCACCAUCUUCGUCGCUGCCUUCCCCCUCGCCCCGCUGCUGGCCUUCUGCAACAACCUCUUCGAGAUCCGCCUGGACGCCAGCAAGAUGAUUCGGCUGCAGCAGCGCAUGGUGCCCAGGAAGGCCAACGACAUCGGAAUCUGGCUGCAGGUGCUGGAGGCCGUGGGCAUCCUGGCCGUCAUUGGGAACGGGCUGGUGAUCGCCAUCACCUCCGACUUCAUCCCCGUGCAGGUCUACAAGUACACGUACAGCCCCUGCAUGGCGGAGAACAGCACUGGCCUGGACUGCUCAACUGGUUACAUCAACCACAGCCUCUCCGUCUUCCGCAUCCAGGACUUUGAGCUGCACACAAAGGUGCCUGAAAUGCUGCCAGGCUUUGCCAGGGACAGCAUCAAGGAGUGCAGGUACCGGGAUUACCGGAACGCCGACGACUACAGCUACACGGUUCAGUUCUGGCACAUCUUCGCAGCCCGGCUUGCCUUCCUCAUCCUCUUUGAGCACGUGGCCCUGUGUGUCAAGCUGAUCGCAGCCUGGUACAUCCCUGACGUCCCCCAGUCGGUUAAGAAUCAAUUUCUGGACAGAAAACACAGCAACCUUCGUAAAGAACUGAGCAAGAUGCAGUACUCCACCGAGGUGUAG